AUGUCAUCUCAUUCACCAAAUUUGCCUGUUACGGGAACACCGGAUGUUCAGCCACCUGUCGCGGGAACACCGGAUGCUCAGCCUCCUGCUGUUGUAGAAGCUGGAAGUGAUGAUUCACCUAAAGGGGUAGCAUCAAAAUUGUCUGCCUCUGGGAUAUCGACAUGGGCCAAAAACUUGAAAGUUCCUCAGCCAUUUGCUUCCACACGAAAUGAUGCUGAUGUCGAAAAUACUGAAAAGUCUGCCUUUGCGAAAUUUACAAGUGGGUUAGGGCUUCGUUUAUCUCCCAAAUCUCCUCAAUCAGAUGAGACCACAGAAGGAACUUCAACUGCUACACAAACCGGUUUCAUUGGGUCGAUUACGAAAGGUUUGGUAGAUACAUCAAAGAAUGCUGUCAAGGCAGUACAGGUUAAGGCUCGACAUGCUGUAUCCCAGAACAAAAGAAGAUACCAGGAAGGAGGGUUUGAUUUGGAUCUGACGUACAUAACAGAGAACAUAAUUGCUAUGGGUUUUCCUGCUGGUGAUAUGAGUUCUGGCUUUUUUGGAUAUGUUGAGGGUUUCUACCGUAACCAAAUGGAAGAAGUUAUUAACUUUCUUGAAACUCAACACAAGGGAAAAUACAAGGUUUACAAUCUUUGUUCAGAGAGGUUGUAUGAUGUAUCAUUAUUUGAAGGGAAGGUCGCCAGUUUCCCUUUCGAUGAUCAUAAUUGCCCGCCAAUCCAUUUGAUUACCUCAUUUUGCCAAAGUGCAUAUUCGUGGUUGAAGGAGGACAUAGAGAAUGUUGUGGUUGUUCACUGUAAGGCUGGAAUGGCGAGAACAGGGCUUAUGAUCUGUAGUCUUCUUCUGUAUCUUAAGUUCUUUCCGACUGCCGAAGAGUGCAUGGACUUCUACAAUCAGAAACGAUGUGUGGAUGGAAAGGGGCUUGUGUUACCUAGCCAAAUUAGAUAUGUAAAAUACUUUGAGCGAAUAUUGACAUACUUCAACGGGGAAAACCAACCAGGCCGCGUGUGUAUGCUUAGGGGAUUCCGGCUCCAUAGGUGUCCCUAUUGGAUCAGGCCAUCCAUCACCAUUUCUGAUCACAAUGGUGUUCUCUUUACCACGAAAAAGCAUGCUCGGACCAAGGAUCUAUCGCCUGAAGACUUUUGGUUCAGUGCGCCAAAGAAAGGGGUUAUGGUAUUUGCCCUACCCGGAGAGCCUGGUCUAACAGAAUUGGCUGGGGACUUCAAAAUCCAUUUCCACGACCGCCAAGGAGAUUUUUACUGUUGGUUAAACACGACAAUGAUGGAAAACAGAGUGAUCCUAAAAACCAGUGAGCUUGAUGGGUUUGACAAGAGGAAGCUACCUUCACCUGGAUUUAUGGUCGAAGUUGUUCUUGCUGAUAUCAACUCAACAAUCCCUGCAAACCCUAGUUCUGAAACAGCAUCCAAGACACCUGAAGAAAUUUCAGCAACUAAUUCUUCCCCUGUAGAGGGUGUCACACCGGUUCCAGGACCCAAAAAAGAAACGGAGAACCCUGAUAAAGACGAUGUGUUCUCUGAUAACGAAUCAGAUUCAACUGGCCCGACCAAAACCACAUCAUCUACUUCUUCUCAAACCCCAGAAGCCAAAAAGAGCGCGGAUGAAACCUCUGGUCUGACUCGUGCGACCGAGAAAGUUUCUAUUUCUGGAAACAAGGGAUCAUCUGAGCCAGUGCAAGGAACAGAGGUUAGCAAGGCUGAAGGGACAGAGAAACCAACAGGGACUGGAGUCAACGCGUCAAGCUCAGAGAGUAGUGAGUUCAAGGUUAUGGCGGCUGAUGCGUCUGUGUUUUCGUUUGGAGAUGAAGACGACUUCGAAAGCGAUUAA